UAAAUCAAAAGAUGCCAAUAUCAGCAAGUGUCAGAACCAAAAAGGAACACAAUAAGAUGAACUACAUAUGGAGUCAAACUUUGAUUGGCGCCAGCCAAGUAUACACCUCCUUGCUUCGCUUCUGUCUUUUGGCGGCAAAAUCUAACCAGAUAGGGUUUAGUACCUCUCUCUCUCUCUCUCCUCCGUGCUAAAACACUAGCUCUCACCUUUUGGCUUCGCAUUUAGAGAAAUUCUCCAUUCUCUAGGGUUUUUGUCAUUCAAAUUACUCUUGGAUCUUCGGUUCUUUGAAAUAUUUACUCUUUUUCCAAUGGAAGGAUCGCCUCAAUCUAAGUCCCCUGUAAUUAAGCCCAUUAACAAAGGCGUCGUUCACAGAAUCUGCUCCGGUCAAGUCAUAUUAGACCUCUCCUCCGCCGUUAAGGAACUCGUUGAGAACAGCCUCGACGCUGGCGCCACCAGUAUUGAAAUCGCUCUCAAAGAGUACGGGGAAGAAUGGUUUCAGGUCAUCGAUAAUGGGUGUGGUAUUUCACCUGCUAAUUUCAAGGUCGUGGCUCUUAAACACCAUACGUCGAAGCUUGCGGAUUUUCCAGACCUUGAAUCUCUGACUACGUUUGGAUUUAGAGGGGAGGCAUUGAGUUCGCUUUGCGCUUUGGGGAAUCUGACUAUUGAAACGAGAACGAAAAAUGAACCCGUUGCAACGCAUUUAACUUUUGAUCAUUCUGGUCUGUUGAUAGCUGAGAAGAAAACUGCACGGCAAAUUGGUACAACUGUCACUGUCAAGAAGUUGUUUUCGAAUCUACCAGUGCGAAGCAAGGAAUUUCAUCGCAACAUACGCAAGGAGUAUGGCAAACUUAUUUCCUUGUUGAAUGCAUAUGCACUUACGGCAAAAGGAGCCAGGUUAGUCUGCAGCAACACAAGCGGAAAGAAUUUAAAGUCUGUGGUUAUUAAAACGCAAGGAAGUGGUUCCCUCAAAGAUAGCAUCAUACAAGUUUUUGGCAUGAACAUGUUUAACUGCUUAGAGCCUAUGUCUAUAUGUAUAUCAGACGACUGCAAAAUUGAAGGGUUUCUUUCUAAGUCUGGACAGGGUAGUGGCCGCAGUAUGGGAGACAGACAAUACUUUUUUGUAAAUGGUAGGCCAGUGGAUAUGCCUAAAGUGAGCAAGCUUGUGAAUGAAAUAUAUAAAGGUGCAAACUCUAAGCAGUAUCCUGUAGCCAUAAUGAAUUUUAUCAUUCCAACUAGAGCAUGUGAUGUCAAUGUCACUCCUGAUAAAAGAAAAGUAUUUUUUUCUGAUGAAAGCAUGAUUUUGCAAUCUUUGAGGGAGGGUUUGCAGCAGAUAUAUUCCUCAAGUAAUGCCAGUUAUAUUGUUAAUGGAGUUGACGACACUAAGGAAGCAGAUUCCUUUGAGCUUUGCUCUUCACCUGAAAAAUCUAAUAUCCUUUCAGAGCAGUCACCUUCAGCUGGAGUCAAUUUGAAAGUUUCCAUGAGGGAACAUUCUCCAGAGGAUAAAACGUCCUUUAGAACUGUCAAUAUCAACGCUCAAAGUUUGCAGUUAUCAGAAGGGUCAGUAUCUAGUGAUCUUGAGAACAUACCGACUUUAGGAGUACAAGGGACAAACAAGGUCGAUGGUGUUAUUGAGGCUAAUGCAGGGCAAUUGACAUAUCAUAUGGAUGAUACAGCUAAAAAGGAUUUAUCAGGAGGAUUAACCCUUAGACAUCAUGAGGAUUCAUUGAAGAAGGACUUCACCUUACAAGUACACAGAAUGAAUAAGAUUGAUGGUUUUUUGGAGCCUAACGAUGGGGGUUUGACAACUCAUAUGAACAGUACAGCUAGCAAGAGCUCUUCAUCCCCUUCAACUUCAAUUGGGAAAGGAAAUUCUGUAAGUAGAGAUUGUAGUAGUCAUUCAGGCUACGUUCAAUCAUCACUGAACAAAUUUGUAACUGUAAAUAAGAGGAAGCAUGAAAGCAUUAGUACCGUGUUAUCUGAAGUGCCUGUCUUAAGAAAUCAAAGUCUUCAUUACCAAUCGAAAAACAGCAAUUUGAAUCUGCGUGCUUUGGGCUUAAGAGAUCAAGUUGAUGAUUCCUCCAAGUUGAAUGAGAACGAGCCUAGAAAGUUUCUCAGAGCGCAUAGCAUCUUGGAUGAAAUUGAAAAUCCUAGUUCUCCUAGUGGCAACACUAGUGGUGGAAAACCUGGAGAGGAAUCUGAGAAUCAUGAAAAAGCAGUGCCUUCUGCUGGAACAGAACACAGUGAUUUAUUCCACAAAAAUCCCGAGGAUGUACCUGAAAAAGCAUCUACAGUUCCAACAUCAGAGUCUCUAUCCUCUGCUUUAAUUGUAGAUGCUUCCGUACCUCUAUCUGAUAAAAAGAUAUGUUCUACCUUGGAGUUUAGAUUUGAGGACUUAUUGACAAAGAGGCGGCAGAGGAUGUCAAGAGUACUAUACACCGGUUACAGAUUCCUCAGCAUGAAGAAAACAAGGUCCAUGAAAAUAUUCAAUCCAAGUAGCAGAAUAGUUAUCCAGUUCUUUUUCGGCAAUUUGAUUUUCGAUAUUGUCAAUAGGUGUUAUACUGCUGCAACACUUGAGCUUUCUCAACCACAGGAUGUGGAGCAAAAAGUACAAGCUUUAGAUGCUGCUACUAGAGAGUUGGAGAAACUUUUCAAAAAAGAAGACUUUAGCCGAAUGAAGGUGGUCGGGCAAUUUAAUCUUGGAUUCAUCAUUGGGAAGUUAGAUGAAGAUUUAUUUAUUGUGGAUCAGCAUGCUGCUGAUGAGAAAUACAAUUUUGAGCAUCUGGCUCAAUCAACCAUCUUGAACCAGCAGCCUUUGCUUCGGCCUCUGAGAUUGGAGCUAUCUCCUGAAGAAGAAGUAGUUGCUUCAAUGCAUAUGGACAUAAUCAGGAAAAAUGGGUUUAUUUUGGAAGAGGAUCCACAUGCUCCACCAGGGCACCAUUUUAAUCUCAGAGCUGUUCCCUUCAGUAAAAACAUUACUUUUGGAGUUGAAGAUGUUAAAGAUUUGAUCUCUACUCUUUCUGAUAGUCAAGGAGAAUGUUCGAUAAUCGGUAGUUAUAAAAUGGACACAUCUGAUUCUGUUUGCCCAACUAGAGUUCGUGCAAUGUUAGCAUCACGUGCUUGCAGAUCGUCUGUCAUGGUAGGAGAUCCACUUGGACGAAAUGAAAUGCAGAAGAUAGUAGAGCAUUUGGCAGACUUGAAGUCUCCGUGGAAUUGCCCACAUGGACGGCCUACGAUGCGACAUUUGGUAGACCUGACAACCCUAAGCAAAGAACCGGAUGAAAAUGACACUAGCUGUUGAUCCCACCUUCCAGUCCAUCCAUGUGGUUCUGCCCCUUGUUUUUGGCUUGAGUUGAACUUAUUCUGUAUAUAUUCCAGCUAGUGAUGAUAACAAGCACUGGAAAUGUACAAUGAUACUGCCGUAUUAGGAAUGGCUGCCGGAUCUGUUCUGUUGGGUUCUUCCUUGUAAUGUUAUCUUGUUACAGGCGUCUAAGAAGAACGAAGGCGGCCAAGAAAAUGGCUGGAUAUAGAAAUUGUCUUUCAGUCUAAAUUCUAUGAAUGAGAUUAGAAUAAUUAUGGUGAAA